GCCGUUCACAGAAUGUUUACUUCCGAACCCAACCUGUAAAUGUUGUGGCGCUGCUUUAUUCCGGAAGUUGUCGUAGCAGGUUCCGGACAUCGCCGAACGUCCGCUACGAUUUCCGAGCGGUUCCGAAAUUGCAGAGUCGGCCAUAUUGACAGAGGGCAAGUUGGCGCUGCUGUGGUCUGUAAGGCCAAAUAGCUGCAGAAGCCGAAGGGAAGCCAGCGGGCACCAUGCUGCUUUUCCCGGCUGUUCGCAGGGCUCUGACGAGUGCCACUAUAAGUAAUGUCCGGACAUCGAGCACAGCGGCGAGCAAUCUGUUGGAGGUCUUUGUGGAUGGCAAACCAGUAAUGGUUGAGCCUGGCACCACAGUGCUGCAGGCAUGUGAGAAAGUGGGCAUACAGAUACCUCGCUUCUGUUACCAUGAACGGCUGUCGGUAGCUGGAAAUUGUCGCAUGUGUCUUGUGGAAAUAGAGAAAGCCCCCAAGCCUGUAGCUGCUUGUGCUAUGCCCGUCAUGAAAGGUUGGAACAUACUGACAAAUUCCGAAAAAAGCAGGAAAGCAAGGGAGGGAGUAAUGGAGUUCUUGCUGGCAAACCACCCACUGGACUGUCCCAUCUGUGAUCAAGGAGGUGAAUGUGAUUUGCAGGAUCAGUCAAUGAUGUUUGGUAAUGACAGAAGCAGGUUUACAGAGGGGAAACGUGCGGUGGAGGACAAGAACAUUGGACCCUUAGUUAAGACCAUCAUGACACGCUGCAUUCAGUGUACCAGAUGUAUUCGAUUUGCCAGUGAGGUCGCCGGAGUUGAUGACCUUGGAACUACAGGUAGAGGAAAUGAACUGCAAGUUGGCACCUACAUAGAGAAGAUGUUUAUGUCAGAGUUGUCUGGAAACAUCAUAGACUUGUGCCCUGUUGGAGCAUUAACUUCCAAACCUUAUGCCUUCACUGCUCGACCCUGGGAAACUAGGAAAACUGAAUCCAUUGAUGUCCUAGAUGCUCUGGGUAGUAACAUUGUGGUCAGCACAAGAGGUGGGGAGGUCAUGAGAAUUUUGCCUAGAAUGCACGAGGAUAUCAAUGAAGAAUGGAUUUCUGAUAAAACCAGAUUUGCUUAUGAUGGUUUGAAGCGUCAAAGACUGACUCAACCCAUGGUCAAGGAUGACAAUGGUUAUCUAGUCCAGACGUCCUGGGAAGAUGGACUGACUAAGGCGGCCGGAGUGUUGCAAAGUGUCCAGGGCAAAGAUAUCGCAGCUAUUGCUGGAGGUUUGGUGGAUGCUGAGGCUCUAGUUGCUCUAAAAGAUUUGCUGAACCGGCUGAAUUCAGAUGCCUUGUGUACUGAAGAAAUUUUCCCUAAUUCUGGAGCUGGCACUGACCUGCGGUCAAAUUACCUACUGAAUUCAAGGAUUGCUGGUGUGGAAGAGGCUGAUGUUUUACUGCUUAUUGGUACCAAUCCACGAUACGAAGCUCCACUAUUUAAUGCAAGAAUUCGCAAGAGCUGGCUUCGCAAUGACCUCAACGUAGCUGUAAUAGGAAGCCCUGUCGAUCUGACCUACACUUACGAUCAUUUGGGAGACUCCCCUCAGAUAAUCAAGGAUAUUGCAACAGGAAAACAUGCAUUUAGUAAGGUACUUACCCAGGCCAAAAAGCCCAUGAUAGUGAUCGGCAGCAGCGCCUUGCAACGCAAAGAUGGGGCAGCCAUUCAUGCUGCUGUUUCUACAAUCGCACAGAAUGCCAGGAGCAGUAGUGGGGUCCCUGAGAAUUGGAAAGUGCUGAAUAUUCUGCACAGAGUUGCCAGUCAAGUUGCUGCCCUAGAUCUGGGCUAUAAACCAGGGGUGGAGGCCAUACGCAAAAAUCCUCCAAAAGUUCUCUUCCUUCUGGGUGCAGAUGCCGGAUGCAUCACCCGUCAGGACUUGCCAAAAGGCUGCUUCAUUAUCUACCAAGGUCAUCAUGGAGAUGAAGGAGCUCCUAUGGCAGACCUGAUAUUUCCAGGAGCUGCUUAUACAGAAAAGUCAGCUACCUAUGUCAACACAGAAGGCAGAACGCAGCAAACACUUGUUGCAGUCAGUCCACCGGGAAUGGCAAGAGAAGACUGGAAAAUCAUACGAGCCCUGUCAGAGUUAGCCGGUGUCACACUCCCAUAUGACAACCUUGAUGCUGUAAGGCAUAGACUACAUGAAGUGUCUCCAAACUUGGUGCGAUAUGAUGAUGUGGAAGAAGCCAACUAUUUCAAACAGGCAGCGGAGCUCUCGCAGCUUGCUAACCAACAGCUUCUUGCUGACCCACUGGUUGCUCCUCAGCUGUCAAUUAAAGAUUUCUAUAUGACAGAUCCAAUAACCCGUGCAUCACAGACUAUGGCCAAGUGUGUAAAAGCUGUGACUGAAGGAGCACAAGCCGUAGAGGAACCGUCCAUCUGCUAAACUCUUCUUCUACAACAUGCUAAGAUCUGUGUUCCGCUCGCUACUGAUUUAUUGUGGGAAAUGAAGCUUUCAAUUCACUGCUUUUUGUAGGACCAGCGUCUGAGCAGUUUACGAUUUUUGGCUUUUCAUCUGUGCUUGUUUUGAAGCAACCUAUAUCGUGAGGCACACCACACAUUCAAAAUCGUGUGUACAAACUACUUGUAAUCUUAUUAAAUGGUUUAAUACGGA